UUUUGGUUAUAACCAAAAAAUAUUUUUGUGGGUGACGUUUGAUGUUAGAAUCUUUUUAGAUUAUUCAACGCAUGAUUUGAUUGUUACUUGAUAUUUAUAUGUUUUACAUAUUAUAUUAAAAAAUAUUAAUAAAAUGGAUACGAUAUUUCAUGAAAAGCAAGAAGGAUUUUUAUGCGCACAACAUUGUUUAAAUGCACUUUUACAAGGUCCGUAUUAUAAUGCUGUAGAUCUUGCUAGUUUAGGUCAUCAAAUGGAUGAAGAAGAAAGGAUAAGAAUGGCAGAAUCUGGUGUUGACAGUGAAGAUUAUAAACUUUUUCUAGAGGGCAUUAAUUAUUUUGCUUAGCAACCAUCAGGAAACAUGGAUGACAGUGGCUACUUCUCAGUUCAAGUAAUUAGUAGUGCAUUAAAAGUUUGGGGAUUAGAGUUAAUUCCAUAUAAUAGUACAGAAUCUGCAGCUAUAAUGGCACAGAAUGACCCUUUACAGAUGAAAGCAUAUAUUUGUAAUUAUAAAGGUCAUUGGUUUACUAUAAGAAAGAUUGGAAAGCAAUGGUUUAAUUUAAAUUCAGUAUUAAGUGGACCAGAACUUAUAUCGGAUACUUAUCUUUCUAUGUAUUUAGCUCAGUUAUUACAAGAAGGUUAUUCUAUUUUUAUUGUUAUUGGUGCACUUCCACAAUGUCCUGCAGAUGAUAUUCUUAUGAAAAAUCCAAUAGAACCUAUGUCAAAAGGACAAACAUCAUUAAAAACAAAAACAAAAGGUAUAAGUAAUAAUAUAAUAUCAAAUACAUUUACCAGAGCAUUAUCUAAUAAAGAAAAAAUAUCAACAAGUAAACUACAAGAGAAAAUAAUUCCCAUAAAAAUUGAAAAAAAUGAUGAAGAAGAUGAUGAAAAUGCAGAAUUACAAAGGGCACUUCAAUUAAGUUUUGAAGAGAAUAAAAGAAAUGAUGUAGAUAAAUAUCUUAAAUUAAGUUUAGAUUUUCAUGAUUACAAUAAAAAAACAUGUGGGACUGAUGAUGUAGAUGAGGAUGAUGAUUUAAGAAGAGCUCUUCAAUUAAGUUUAGAAUGUGCUACGGCUCCAUCAACACCAGAAUCUGAAGACUUACAUUGGCAUCAAUUAAAUCACUUUGGUACAUAUUCAAGGACGUCAAAUGGAGAAACUUCACAAAAAUUGAAUAUUUAAUAAUAUGUGCAAAAAUAUUUUUAAUAUUAUUAUUAAAAUAAAUUUUAUUUGUAAAUUAUAAAUAAUUAGUUACUUUGUGUGUAGUAUGAAUAAGUAUUUCAAAAAUAAAUGUAUAAAUAAAAGA